GGAGAAAAUUCCGCCGCGAUGGAAUCCCGCGUAUGCUAAUAGCUAAGUAAUUUUGUUUUAAACAACAGUGUAAGAAAAUUAUAAUUAAUAGUUUUGAAUCGACAGAUAUACAAAGAGGGUUGACUCAUGUCGGGCAGGGACAGCGACGUUGUGUGGGUUGAGACAACCGAGGAGGUUGUCGAAAUAAAAGGGCCCCUCUCUCUAAAGAAAAUCAUCCCAACAGAUCCUAUAGUAGUGGUGUCAGAUUUAGAGCCACCAGAAGCAUCGAUCCAGAAGCUGCUGAACACUGUGGGGCAGGAACAAACUCCAGAUGGUUAUAAUUGCUUCUGUUGCGAGGAGUGUCUAAUCCUCUUCCAGGAACAGAGUGAUCCUGAUGACCUCAAUAGUCCAUCUUUUAUUCUUGACUUUCCAACAAGCUUGGGCGUCCCUCAGCGAGCUCUCCUCACCUUACCUUUUGGCCUGAUGAUCGGUAGAUCUAGUAUUCCUAGCGCAGGAGUGGGGGUUAUAAAUCACGGACCAGUGGUGUCUCCAGGAAUGCAUUUUGGACCUUAUGAGGGGGAAGUGACAUCAAGGGAAAAUGCCUUGGCAAGCGAUUUUUCCUGGGAGAUUUACCAAGGAGAAGACCAGUAUGAGUAUAUUGAUGCUGCCAUGGAUUCUUCCUCAAACUGGAUGAAGUACGUUAACUUUGCUCGUAAUGUUGAGGAAGCGAACCUGCUGGCAGUUCAGUGCAAAGGCAGCAUUCUUUUUCACUGCUGCCGCUCGGUAAACGAUGGAGAUGAGCUCACCGUGUGGCCUAGCAGCAAAAUGUACACCCAGUUCAGUAAAGUUUGGGCUCAGCUGUUGGUUUUGAAGUUGAAUAAAUCAGAGAGGACUCCAUUUGUGCCGAACCCGGUGUACCUGUGCUCCAGCUGCCAGCUCACAUUCACCACAGAGGACUUCCUCCUGAGACAUACAAAAUACUUCCACACGCUGCCUCAAGUCUUUGAAGCUGAUGAUGAAGAGCACGCUCCUGAUGCCGACUCAAACGACUGUCCAGCCUCUGCGGUGGUGGAAUCAACGGAUCCUGCUAAAUCCAAUGCAUGUGAUGAUUGCGGCAAGGUUUUCAAGCAAACGCCUCACCUCAGGAGGCACAAGCUGGUUGUCCACUCCAACAAGCGGCCUUACUGUUGCUCGCACUGCAGGCGGAGUUUUAGCCAGGCCUCUGGCUUAAUUAGACACCAGCUUGUUCACAGGAAGCAGGCUGUCAAAAAGGCCCCGAAACGGAAGAAAAUCCUCGCCGAGGCAGAGAGAGCAGAAGAUUUAGAGUCUGCUGAAGCAGUGGAAUCUAUAAAGGAAAUUAAUGGAAGUGAAAAUCCCCUCGACGUUGUUGCUGCAAAUACUUCAGCCUCCGAGGCUGAAGUAUUUCAGCUCAUUUGUUCGCUUUGUGGGAAGAGCUUCACAAAGGAGGCGUCCUUAAAAAAGCACAAAGCAAUCGCCCACGGGAGUCUACGUCCGUAUGCCUGUUCCAUGUGCCAGAAAUGCUUUCGCCAAAGCUACGACCUGAAACGGCAUCUAAAGAACCAUCAGAAGAAAAACAAAUGUAGGGAGGAAGUAAACGUGGAUCCAGAGGAUGCCGCCACGUUACCGUUUAGCUGCGCUGAAUGCUCCGUGUCCUUCACUUCAGUGGACGACCUUCAGGAGCACAUAAACGAGCUGCACUCGGACGACGCCUCGGCCGAAGCUCAAGAUGGAACCACAGACUCGGUCCAAACCGUUCCCUCAGACAGACCUCGGCGUGCCAAAGCGGUGUUGAACGUUUCUGCCCUGACCAAGCUCGUGGCAUCGAAACGCAGAGCAGCCAGUCCGGCUGAGAGGAGCUCUGAACUGGGCACAAAGUUGGUCAAAUUUAAGUGGUUUAGCUGCAACCACUGCAAACAGACGUACGGAAACCCAGAAGAUCUCAAAGCGCACAACUGCACUUUGACCACGUUUAACUGUGAACAGUGCGGGGCGACCUUUCAGAAGUUAGAGCUGCUGCAAAGACACGAACAGGUGAAGCAUUUGAAGUUGAAACUGUACAGCUGCGACCGCUGCGAGAAAAGCUUCACCACGGCCAGAAGGCUAACGCUGCAUCAGAAAGGCAACUCCUGCAUGAAGUAUCGCUGCACGUCGGAGCUUUUCGCCUGCUCCUUCUGUCAGUAUUCCUUCACCAUGAAGAGUUACCUCAUGAAGCACAUCAAGAGGCACCACCCUAUGAAGUUUCUGUCCACCGGUGAUUACGACAGCCAGACGGACCAGCAGGUGGAGUACGAGCGAGAACACGUAUGUCUGCGUUGUGGCGUUGCGUAUAAAACCUUGAAUGGACUGAAAUGCCACGAGUGUGCCGACUCUCUGAAGGUGCUGUAUUUGUGCACCGACUGCGGGAAGAGUUUCACAAAUAAAUACCGCCUGAAGCUGCAUCAGCGCGUCCACACGGGCGAGAAGCCGUACACCUGCCCCGACUGCGGGAAGAGCUUCUCCUUCAAAGGCCAGCUGAGCGUGCACCUCAGGACUCACACGGGGGAGAGGCCCUACCUGUGCACCCACUGCGGCGAGAGCUUCCGCCAGUCAGGAGACCUGAAGAGACACGAGAGGAAGCACACGGGCGUGAGGCCGCACAGCUGCCCCGAGUGCGGCAAGUGCUUCAGCCGCCCGCAGAGCCUCAAAGCGCACCAGAUGCUGCACCUGGGGCAGAGGAUGUUCAAGUGCACGCACUGUGGAAAGAGCUUUUCCAGAAACUAUCAUCUCAGGAGACACCUUCAGAAGGUGCACACGUAGACUCAUCCCUUUAUCAGGACUUUGUGAAUACUCUAAAAUAUCUCAGAAUUGUUUUAAAGGAGUAUAAUGAAUUACUUGUUUUCGCAAAAUCUUUUGUAGAUCAUUUAGGCGUCUUUGAUUCU